AUGCCUCCCUCGCGUGCCGCCCAAGUGGCCGCUGGCGUCCACGUCAUCCUCUCCGUCCUCAUCAUUGGAUGGGGCCUCAUGAUGAAGGCGGUUUCCGCUAUCGGCGCCGUCAUCACCACCAUCUGCGAAGUGCCGGGCGUCCGGUCCUUCAGCUCCUCCGUCCUCGGCGUCCUCGCUCCCUGCCUCACCGUUGCGCAGCUCAUCGGUACGGGUUGCUUCUUGAGCUUCCGAUGGGGAUGGGAGAGGUAUCUCCACCCAUGCCUUUUCGGUGCCGACCUCUUCGCCUUCUGUCCUCCCUACGGCCGGACCCAUGGGCUGCUCCUUCUCAUCCUGCCCAGCGUCACUGGCUUCUUGUGGGCUGUCUCCUGGCUGUACGUCCUGGUCGUUGGCAACUGGAGCGCCCCUCGACACAAGGAGCCGUCGGCGAAGGACAACGUCAUCCGGCAGGUCGAUGGACGGACCGGCAUCACACGGUUUUGCGACAUUUGCAAAAUCGAGCAGCCGGACCGUACCCACCACGACCCGAAGCCGAAAAAAUGCUUGCCGUUGUUUGACCACCAGUGUUACUGGUUUCCGGCACCAGUAUACCUAAAGACCCAGAAGGCCUACCUCUGGGCACUCACCCUGCUGCCGGUCCAGCUGACCAUCACCAUCUUCUUCGGUUACUGGCUCUUCUUCACACACCGCAGGGAGCACUUCAAGCCCCUCGAGAUCACCUACUUCGUAACCAGCACAAUCACCUUCAUCAUGUGUCUGGUCGAAGUGUUCUUCAAUGCCUAUAUGUGGACCAACCUCAUCGGCCACAAUGUCAGGAUGACGGAGCUCCGUCAUGGUGCUCGGCUCACGAUCCGCAGCACCGACGGCACGAAGAAGGCCGAGCAGGCGGCAGCGCCCAAGGUCUACCCAUGGGACCGCGGCGUCUGGGAGAACUUCCAGCAGAACUUCGGGUCAUUCCCGGAGUGCUUCAACAUCUUCCGCGAGCCUCCCAUUAGCCAGAAGACCCGGGAUGGCACUGGCUACGCGGCCACGGUCUUCGAGAAGCAGGCCCAGCUCGAGCUGGACGCCAUGGGCCUUGGCGCCGCCCCGCCCGCCGCUCCGCCUGCCCCUCCCGCUCCGCCCGCUCCACCUGCUCCGCCCGCCCACGCCCACACUGUGCGCCGCCGCGGCGACCGCUCGACCACCUCGGGCUACGAGCUCGAGCCGCCGGGGGUCGACAGGACCCGCACCCGCCGCUUCUCUUGA